ACGGUGCGUGCCUUCUCGCGCCUUUCGGGCGAUGCGAGAGGGGAGUGCUUUCGUGUGCCUUUGGCUCCGAUGGCGACCGGAAUUUUCUCCUUUCUCGUCUCCCUCGCCCUAUAAAUUUGCCUUUCCUCUCCCGCUUCCCCUUCGUCUUGCUCUACGCAUCUUGUGGUUGGGACCGUUAAGAGUUGGGGGGCGGUCGGCGGCGAUGGGAAGGCGGAGGGUGGAACUCCGGCGGUUCGAGGACAACACCAGCCGCCAGGUGUGCUUCUCCAAGCGCCGGAACGGCAUACUCAAGAAGGCCAAGGAGCUCGCCGUCCUCUGCGACGUCGAGGUUGCCCUUAUCCUUUUCUCCGCCAAGGGCAAGCUCUCCCACUUCGCCAGCCCCUACAGCAUAGAUAAAAUAAUUGGGCAUUAUCGUCAUUUUGUAGGUUCAGAAAGAGAGGUUAAUGAACACCAUUCUGCACAGGGUCGUCUUAAAGACUUUAGUUAUCCAAGGGUAGACUGUCAGAUUCUGGAGAUUGUUCAGUGGUGCCUUGAUGAAACCAACAUUUCCAAACUAAGUGUCAAUGAUCUCAGCCAACUUGAGAGCGUACUAGAAGGUACACUUGCACAGACAACGUCAAGAAUGGCAAGUGUAGCUCAUAUUUAAUUCAUGAAUUAAUCAUAUUAUCAUGGGUUUUGCUAAACUGCUAAUCAGUUGAAGGGAAUUUUUGUAUGGGAAAAUUAAUGUCAUCAAAUCUGGCUAGAAAACUAAUCUCAAAUAAAGGCAAGACUAACAUUUAUUUGAUUCAUGUGCUAAUUAUGCAAGGAUUCAAGCAAAUGCUGAUCCUUUAAAAGAGAACACUUUUGUGAAUCAACUUUAAUAAAGUAUAGCUUGAUUAAUAAAUUCAAAAUAACUGAAUCCGAACCUUGUUACCACUAGUUUUGUGCUUGCACUCAAAAGAAAUUGUAAUCUUUUCUGACAGUUUCAAUCACUGUUUUCUUGUAUCUGCUUCUGUCUCUACUCAGAAGCCCAAGCUUAUCGUUGUUUCAUUAAGAAAAAAUGACUCCUAAUUGUGCUUUUAUUAUAUCGCCUGUGCCGAAUUUCUUCUUCCUAACGGUGCAUGUUGUGUACAAAAUCAAAGCUUGAAUGUAAUCAGAUGAGGGUCAGCAAAUAUUAUCAGCAAUUGAAAUUUUUUUAUCAAUUUAUAUAUAUAAUCAAAAUCUUAUGUAUGAUGACAUUAGUUUCUUGCCAAUUUUUAAUCGUAUUUCUCGUCGUUAUAUCAUUUAGUAGCCGUACUAAUUAUAACAACCAAGUUCUUGGUUGAACUCCUGAUGCAGACACAUCUGAUGCUCGAGAUAAUUAGUAAGCUUCGUGAGAAGGUAUGAACUAUAGUAGUUUCAUUGGCAAAAAGCUUUUUUGUAAUUUUAGAAAGUUGUGUGCCAAGUAUUUCAUGAGUCUCAGAAUUAGGUGUCGGAUCUUUUUGAAGAUUAAAAUUUUAAUUAACACAAGCAUUGUUCCCAAAUAUUGGUGAUCUGGUUGGCCACAUCAACUCUUCCCUUCAUUUUGCUCUUUUAAGGGCAUUGCUGUUCACAAUCCAACUUUUUGUUGUUAUAAAGUCCUUUUUCAUGAGUCCCGUUUUUCAUCAUCUACGCUGCAAAUCAGAAUGGAGUUUGGAUUGCAGUAGAUAAAGGAUUAUUAGCACUUGACAAAAGCAUCAGCAAUCCAGCCAUCAGGAAUUGUACAAGUACCUGAAGGUGCAUAAAUUUUAGCUUGACACAAAUUUACUUCAGAUGAUCUAAAGCUUGGAGCAUAACUUUGGAAACAACUUCCUUAAGCUUUGCCUUCCAAACUACUAUUGGAACUUACAUGAGCUUCAUCUGUUUGCUUACACAUAUCUUACCUGGUUUUUGUCAAUCUAUCAUUCAGGAGAUGGCAUUGCUCGAAGAGAGAAGAUUUUUCAAUCUGGGUGCUGAGUUUGGAGAUGAACCAAACAGUAGGGAAGGGUGACUGCAGGAAUACCGACACUUACAGCCACCGUCUUAGGAUGUUGAUGCUGCUGAAACUUCUCAGCACAUUUCCUUCUUUCAUUCAGAAUAUUACUAGCAGUAUAAAAAUGAAAGCACCUGCCCAAAGAAUGUCGUAUAUGUAUCGACAGCUUAUGUAUGUAUAUGUUUAAAUAAAACUGCUGCAAGCUCAUGUGUUCUAAUGUAAUAAAUUUUGGGCAGAACUUACCAAAACCAAUGUUGUAUUAUCAGAUUCAGAUGGGUGCAUCUUUCUGAUGCUUCUCUU